AACCCUUCCAGACCAAGAGGUGGCGGUCACAGACACAGUUUACUACAGCCGUAAUCCAAGAACAAGAAAAACGUAUACAACAGAAAUGGCGUCUCCCGGCGAGGCAACUGUGUCUGAUACACACGUGGGUAAAAAGAAAAAGCCGCCUGCUCGGUACUGGCAGGAGCUCCGGGAGGAGGAGGGGAAAGAAGAAAAAGUUAAAAACGACGGAGAAAAGGCUCUGCAGCAGAAGGACCAAAAGACACGAAAAGCAAAGAAGAGAAAGCAAGAGGAGGGUCCAAAAGAUGGAGAUAAAAUCAAUAAAGGGAAAUCAGACCCAUUUCCAGGGCCUGCUCCCAUUCCAGAAGACAGGGUGCAGAAAUUCAAGAGGAAAGAGAAACUUAAAAAGCCCCACCAUAAGCAAUACAAGCUGAGAGACAUUAUAGCACGUUCAGAAGAUGCUUCAGAAAUGGCCCAGAAGCAAGCGGCCCGGUUUGACCUUCUCCUCCCAGAGGAGGCAGGAUUUCUAGAAGGAGAUGAAGAUGAGGACACAUUUACAAUUUCACAGGAGGAUAUUGCAGACGCUGUGGAUAUAACAUCUGGAGCAAAGUAUUUUAAUCUGAAACUAUCUCAGUUUGGACCAUAUCGUGUGGAUUACAGCAAGACUGGACGUCACCUGCUGCUUGGUGGGAGGAGAGGCCAUGUUGCCUGUAUAGAUUGGGUGUCCAAACAGCUGAUGUGUGAGAUAAAUGUGAUGGAAUCUGUCAAUGAUGUGAAGUGGCUUCAUAGUGAGACUAUGUAUGCAGUGGCUCAGAAGAAGUGGCUUUAUAUCUAUGACUCUAAUGGAAUAGAGCUUCAUUGCAUCCGAAAAUUCAAUGACGUCCUUCGUAUGCAGUUCCUCCCCUAUCACUUUUUGCUAGCCACAGCGAGUGCUACCAGUUUCCUGCAGUACCUGGAUGUGUCAGUGGGAAAAGAAGUGGCAGCUAUCUGCACCAAAACUGGCCGACUUGAUGUGAUGUGCCAGAACCCUUAUAAUGCCAUCAUCCAUCUAGGUCAUGCUAACGGCACGGUCACCCUGUGGUCACCAAACCAGAAAGAAGCCCUUGUCAAGAUGCUUUGUCACCAAGGCAGUGUGCGCUCCGUCGCUGUGGACAAGACGGGCACGUACAUGGUGACAUCUGGAAUGGACAAGAAGCUGAAGGUGUAUGACAUAAGAGCCUUCAAGCCCCUCAAGUCAUACUUCCUUCCUGCUGGAGCUUCCUGUUUGUCACUGAGCCAGAGAGGAUUGCUAUCUGCAGCCACGGGAGAUGUCGUUCAGAUUUACAAGGAUGUAUGGAGCACACCCGUGACUAAACCAUACAUGGCUCAUAGAGUUCGGGGAACAGUGUGGGGGCUCCACUUCUGUCCCUUUGAGGAUGUCCUCGGAGUUGGAUAUGGAGAAGGUUUCACCAGCAUGCUCGUACCAGGUGCUGGUGAGCCUAACUUUGAUGGUCUGGAUGCAAAUCCAUAUCGAAGUGCGAAGCAGAGACAGGAAUGGGAGGUUAAAGCCCUGCUGGACAAGAUUCAGCCAGAUCUUAUCAGCCUUGACCCCACUGCGCUGGCACAGGUUGACCAGGCCACCUUGGCUCAAAGGCAUCAAGACAGGGUUGAGGCUCUGGGCUUUGACCCACUUGCUAAAGAAAAAUUUGUUCCCAAGUUUAAAAAAAAAGGUCGUAGUUCUGCAGGAGCUGUUGAGAGGCGCAAGAAACAAGUGGCCCAUGGGGAGCAGAGGGACAUAAUCAGAAAAGGCGUGGAGGACAAAAUGAAGAUGGAAAAAGAAAGGAGGGAGAGAGAGCAGAAUGUGGCUACAUUUUCUUCCCAGAAAUCUGCAUUGGACAGAUUCAAAAAAUAGAAAAGGAGUAUGCUUUGUGUAGCUGAAAACCCAGUGACAUUCUAUGGGAGUGACCUCUGAACUUCACAUAAAGAACACUUUUUUUUGGACACAUUAUUCCACCAGCAAAACACCAACGGCUGAAAUUCUAGAAAUAAAGGCUUGCAUUGUGACGGGGAACUAAUCAAUGUUGAGUGGAGUAGGGAAAGCUAUAUUUGAUGUCUGUAGCCUGAAGUGCAUCCUGUCUGCAGAUAAUGUGAUGUGCUAGCUGGCAUUAGUGUCAUCCAGAAUUUUUGUUAAGUUGUAUUUUUAACCUUGUCAGAUGAUGUUCUUCUCUCUGAACUUCCUGAGCAUAUGUCAACUGUUGUUUAAAUAAAUUCUAAAAUUAAACACUGUAAUGCCAA